AUGCCAGGCCUGAUUGCUGGAGAUCAGUACGAUGAUCUCACUGGAGCCGUACAGCAGAUAAUCCUCUCAUCUUCCGGGUCGGACUAUCUGGAUCAGUUGAUCCCUCUGUUGAAGAAUGCUGAAACGCAGGCUCAAGUCACUCCCCUCAUACAAGCAUUGAACCAUGUCUCUGCCGAGAGAGAAAGCCAGAUCGAGUCGAUAUGCAACACCAAUCACCAGGAGUUUAUCAGCAGCGUCAACCAGCUACAGUCCGUUCGUCAGGGAACUGUCAAUCUCACCACGGAAAUUAUGGAGCUCAGUCGUAGCAUCGAAGCAAGCACUGAAAAGCUUGCGGAGCAGAAGAAGGCUCUUGUCGACUCGCGGAGCGUUCGCCAAAACAUCGAUGAUGCCACACAAGCUCUGAAGGACUGUCUCGAAGUACUACGACUUGCCAAUCAAGUCCACGACCUUCUUGGGAAGAAGAAUCACUACGCUGCUCUCCGGGCCCUUGAUGAGCUGCAAAACGUGCAUCUUCGAGAGGUCACCAGAUACAAGAUCGCCGAGAUGAUUGAGCGCUCGGUGCCGGCUACGCAGCGUUUGAUUGCUGAUGCAGUCAUGAUGGACUUGAACACGUGGCUCUACCGGAUCAGAGAGACGUCUCAAUUCCUGGGCGAAGUGGCUUUCUAUCAUACCGAAAUGCGAAGAGCACGGCAGAAAGAGCGAGCUGAGAAGGAAGGCUAUCUGGGCUCCUUCAAGCUCAAUUCGGCCGUUGAGCUGGUUGCGGACGAGCCAGAAGAGUUCGACGUACUCAACAACGAAGAGGUUCAAGUUGACUUCUCCCCGCUUUUUGAAUGCCUACAUAUUCACGACGCACUUGGUGAAACAGAAAAGUUUCGAGCAGAUUAUGCCGCCACCCGUCGGAGGCAAAAAGACCUUCUCCUUCCUCAAAUCAUCAACCUGCAGGAUGACGAGAGCAACAGCCUUAGCAGUCUGCUUGAAGGCAUUGCGGGCUUUGCCAUCGUGGAGAAGGCGACCAUGCAGAAGACCGAGAACUUCCGCGCUCAAAGCGACGUGGAUGAGCUCUGGGACAGCAUGUGUCAAUCCGCUGUUUCCCUGAUCAGCACCGCACUUCUCAACAUCGACAACGACGAGGAGCUGCUCAAGAUCAAGGGCGUCAUUGCGCUCUUCAUCCAGACGAUGGACAGCUGGGGUUAUCCUGUCAAUAGUCUUGACAGCCUACUCCUCACUCUGUUCGACAAGUACAGCUCACUGCUUAAGAAGCGCUUCAGUGACGACUUUCAAGAGGUACGUUCUGAAUCCAGCUUAGACACAUGCAGUCCGCUAACACCUGCUAGAUCGUCGCCACCGACGAUUACAUGCCUAUGCCCAUCAAUAACGCCGAAGAAUACGAUAAGGUGGUCUCAGUCUCGUGGUACAAUCCUCCGGAAGGCCAGGAGCGUCCCGAAGACCUCACAUAUCCGUGUGUGCUUCCCUUCAGCCAGAUGUAUCCACUGGUCUGUAUCGACAUUCGCAACUUCCUCAAUCAGAUCUACCUGUUUUCGGAUGAUCAUUUCCGCCACACUAGCGUCAUCGACAAGACUUUAAAGGAGAGCCUUGAUGAGCUUCUCGUGGAAAAAGUUUGCCGAAGCCUCGUGGAUCGACUCUCAUCGCAAUACCCGGGCCAGAUCGUUCAGAUCUUGACAAACCUCGACCAUUUCGAAAUGGCAUGCAAGGACCUGGAAGAUCUCCUCGUUGAGGCGAGGUCGAGCAGCAGUGCUGCUGGUCCGAUCAAACUGAACGCCACCAGCCAAUUCGAUGCGGCCAAGAAGAGGGCCGAGAAGCGGAUCUUCGAGCUCGUCAACAGCAAGAUUGACGAUCUGAUUGAGACGGCCGAGUACGAAUGGACUAGCACGUAUGUGCCUGACACUGCCAGUCCAUACAUCCAGGAACUCACUCGCUACCUUUCCAAUACAAUCAACACCGUGCUGCUUGGUCUGCCGGAGCAGGUCAAGGAGCUCAUCUACUUCGAAGCGCUCAACCACGUCUGCGAACAGCUUCUCUCACUCCCGCUGGACCCUAAUGUCCGGCACAUCUCUCCUCAAGCCGUCACUGCCUAUAAAUUGGAUGUCGAUGACCUCGUCGGUUACGUUGAAAGCCUCCCCGAAGCCCCGAUGCUGCUUGAAAGUCUCGUGCCUCUGAGGCAGACCACCGACCUCAUGACACUGGCUGCCGAGGGCAAGGGCGAGGAAUUCUUCGAUUCCUCCAAAUCUAAUUUGAGGUUUGGUAACGUGGACAAGAUCAAGGGGGCUGAGCUGCUAGAGAAGGUGUACACGGCGCCCACGGAACCACCUCCAAGGAGGGAGCGCAUGUCCAUUCUGCCUGACUUUCAGGACUUGUCGAAGAAGCCUAGUAUGCCGCAUUUUGGAGAUUUCAGGGAUCGGUUUGGACAGUUCGGAAAGAGAGAUAAGUCUUGA